UGACACCCUACUCUGAACAUUAAUAACAGGGAUCAAGACAGAGCAGAGCAGGGCAUUUUUAGAGUAGCACCAUGACCGCAAAAAUGUUUUCUUGAUUUUUGCUAUAUUGAUUCUUACUAUAUUCAACUUCUUUUGGAUUUUAUGCUUCUUUACUAAGUCUAUUGGCUAGUUUCGGAAAAUGUGAUGUGCACUUGCACCUAUUUGUAGGCCUGCUAUAAAUAGGGCCCUGGCCUGCUGGCAACACAUGCGUGUCCAUGAUUGACAAUUGCAGAGAUUUGCCUGUCAGACUCAGGCUCCAAAGCACCAACUGAAAACAUUUCAAUGUGGCUAUUACAUGGAUAACACACUUCAACUCUGAACUGGGGCAUUCAACUUUUUCCAAACUGUGGACGUGAACAAGGAAGAGUUCAUUGAGGGUUUAAAAAAAUUCCAUUGGAUUUUUUUUUUAUUUUAUUUUAUUUUAUUUUUUUGAGUGUGUGUGUGUGGAGUGCUUCAGUGGACAAUGACUUCCAGAAGGCCAAUGGCUCGUUCUUUUUCUGGCAACGGGAGAACAAGCAGCUUCAGUGAAGACGAGGGCAACUCCUCCAAUGGCCGUUCAGAGACUCGUAAUCCUUACCUCUCCAAUGUGAGGCCUGAAAACAGGAGCACAUUAUGUACUGUAAUGGCUCAGCUGACUGAGGACAUACAACCGUCCUUUGAGACCACCUUGAAAUCAAAGGCAGUGUCAGAGAACUGUAAUGUAAAAUUCACCUGUGUGGUAUCGGGUUACCCAGCCCCAGAACUGACAUGGUAUAAAGAUGAUAUGGAGAUGGACCGGUACUGUGGACUCCCAAAAUAUGAAAUCCGCCGUAAUGGAAAAACCCACACCCUCCAUAUUUACAAUUGCACUUUAGAUGACGCAGCCAUCUAUCAGGCCUCAGCUAGCAACAGUAAGGGCAUUGUGUCUUGUUCGGGGGUUUUGGAGGUUGGCACCAUGAACGAGUACAAGAUCCAUCAGCGGUUCUUUGCCAAACUUAAGCAGAAAGCAGAGAACAAGAGGAGGGAGCUGGACGAGAGCAAGAAGAAGGGUAAAGAAAACGUUAAGCAGGAGCAACAACGGGGAAGUCCUGAACGUGCCCAAAGGAAGCGGGCCAUCCCACCACCAGAAGAGAGCCCAGCAGUCAAGGAGCCAGAGGUAGUGGAGCAGCUGGAGGCAUCUGCUGUUGAACAUAAUGGAGUAAGCGCUGACAUCAGGGAGACAGCCCCUGUAAACGUCACAGAAAAUGAUGUGGAGACUGCACCCACCAAGUCUCCACCUACAGAGACCUUGGCCAAAAAGAAAAUGAAGAUCACUAAUGGUGUAGAUGCUGGAGUGAGCAGCAGCAGUAACAGCAGUAGCAGCAGCAGAAGUCACACAAUGGGAAAUGGGGGUGAAAACUCUUAUGAUGGGGGCAUGAGCUUGGCACAGUUUCUGGCAGAGACACUCCAUUCCCAGGUUUCUGAGGAGAAACAGAACUUGUCACGAGUGGAGAAACCCACAGAGAUGGAUACCUCAAUCACAAGUGCCAAUAAAGAAAAGGAGAUGGAGGAAGAGAGGAAACAAAAAGAGAGGGAGGAAAAAGAGAUAGAAAAGGCAUUCACAGAAGAGCAGGAAAGAGAGAAAAGGAGAGAACAAGAACUAGCCAUAGAGAGGGAGAAAGAAAGAGAAAAGCAGUCAGAGCUGUCACAUAAGAAAAGCCACUCCAAACAUGGCUCAGACAAACACAAGGCUCAUAAGGAUCAGGACCACCACCACAUCCAGUCCUCCAUCUCCUCUGUCCUCCACAGUGUCAAAGACUUCUUCUUUGGUAAGAGUAAGAAGGACUCUCACGAUCACAGGGAGAGUGAGGAAAGAGAGGUUGAAUACCCACUUACCCCAUCGUAUCCUUGCCCUCCUCAACAGCAAACACCGCCACUAUUUCGGGUGCAGCCGGAAGACAAACCAGAGGUUUGCAAACCUCUCACAGAUGAGGUUGUACCUAUGGAGACAGACAGGCCGAAGGAGCGUUCGGUAAUUGUGGAUACAGAAAAGUCACCGAAGCCAUUGAUACUGCAUGGAUAUGAACAAGAGGAAAGUGUUUUACCCACAGCAGAUCUCCCUCCAGCUCAUAAACAAUGUGAGAGCAUUGUGGCUUCUGUGGAGCCAAAUGUGGAGGAAGCUGAUGAGGCUGUGGAGGCCAUGGAGGUGUGCGUGGAGGCAGAUGGUCGAGUUCCACAAGAAUUACCAACGUCUGGGCUUCCAGUCCCUGCUGAGACUACAGAAAAAGAUUCCCAGGCAGUUGCUGUUAUUCCCCAGCAAGAGCCAACUUUCCUGGUAGUUUUGCCAGAGCCAAAUCAGCAGGAUGACCAAGAAGGCACCCAGGCCUCACCCACAAAAGAUCUAUCAGGCUUAUCACUGACCCAAGCCCUGAGUGAGGAGGAAUACUCAUCCAUAUCCAACUUCAGCAGUGGGGGAGAUAGCUGUGCUGCUCUUCCUUGCAUUAUCUCAGCAGCAGACAGUCAGAGCCUCGAUGAAGUAAACACUGAAAUUUUGCAAGAGAAGGAGAUUUAUGUCGAUAAAAGUAAAGGUGAACUUCACAUGCUACAGGGUCAGUCUCCCAGUUAUCUGCAGAAGGAAGAGAAAGCUGAAGUGAAAUCAGAGAUAGAGCCAGGUAUAAACACAUGUGAAGUUACUGAAUUAGUAACACAUUCAUUGGAAGAGAGAACCCAGACAUGUGAUUCUAAAACACCAGACCAGGUGCUUCCUACACUGCCUACUUUGGCAGCAGACAGUUUAGAGAGAGAUCGCUUAAAAACAGUGAAAGAAAUCACUCCCCUUAUACAGGAAAUGAUUGUAGAAUUUCCGACCACUGUGGCCCCAGAGAACUUAGCAAAUAGUGAUCUAAAAAUAUUGCAAGAAUGCAAUCCACCAGUAGUGGAAAGCAUAGAAAGCUAUGACCUCAGCACAAAGGAGAGUUUAGACUCAGAUUUGGGAAAAAAUGAAGAGGGAAGUGCAUUGAAAGAGGUAUCCACUUCUGCUUUAGAGAAAAACAUAGAAGUUAAGUCCUGUAGCUUGAAAAUGGAACAAUCACUUUCCAAAGGUGUGAGCACUCAUGAAAAGAGUGAGAGCUUGCAGAGAAACGAGAUGCCAACAGUUUCUAUGGAGAAAGAGUUUGAAAUGGAGAUAGAGAAUGUGACUCAAAUGAAAAUACACAAAGAGAAAGACAGAGUCAGUGUACCCGAGGAACGCUCUAUGAUUGCAAAUCCAGACGGCAGUGAAAGACACCUGGGUGGGCUCAUGGAAAAUAUCCCAGAAAUCCAAAUGUCUACUACUAAAGACAUCACCGAUAUUAAACUAACUGUGCCUGAGGAAAGGCUAAAUGAACAAAUUAUAAUACCAAAAAUUGAAGUGAUGGAACCUGAGAUCAAAGAGCCUAGUCUGCCAUUAACUAUUCUGGCACUCAACAAGCCAGAAACAGAUCCUGCUAUUUUGCAAAAACAUGACAAAACUGAUGUAUCAGAGGUAAUAGUCCAUGAACGCAGCACGUCUGAUUCUUUGUUGCCUCGAGAAUUGAUACCUACACAGAAAACUAUGAAUGACGAUAACCUCUCACCAGCAAUGAAAGUAAAGGAAGUUGCACAACUAGGUGACACAACAGAAAUGCAGAAUACAAAGAAACCAUUUAAGAAAACCACUGAACAGUCUCUUCAGACAGCGUAUUCAUGUACUUAUGACAACAAACUAAGGGAAGCUGUUGAUGUAUCUGUGAAACCCCAUAUCUCAGAUAAACCACAGCCGGAUGAAACACCAAAAACACCUUUGUUUGUGGUGCCCCCAGUUUCUGUCAUUUGUGAUAAAAGCCCUCAUGAAAGCAAGCCACCCACUCUGAAUGAAUAUACAGGAACAGAAACUUUGGCUGCAAUGCUGAAGGGAAGAAAGUGUGAUCUUGAAAACAGUAACAGUAACAUCACACCUGAAAAAAGUCAUGGUAUGAAACAGGACAUAGAAGAAAUGGCAAAGAGCAUCGCAGAAAACACCCAGUCUAUGUUGGAUGAACCCAGGAUAGAUCCCUAUAUUACUGUUGAGGAUCCCCAGAGAGACAAAUCCUUUGUAGACAGACUAGGCUUUAAAACCCCUACACAUUCAACACUGAGUCCAGCCAGUCUCCGCAAGUUUCUGUCCAAAGCUGCUCCAAGUUCAGACACUCAGGGUGUGAUGGCCGUCCCUUCUAUCACUGUAUGUGACUCCCAGAGUGACAAGACAGAAGAACUGAGUGGAGGAUCAACGCCAACAUCGCCCCUCUCCUGUGAAAGCAGCCCCCGGCUGAAACGAAGAGACAGCCUUUCACUUAUACGCUCUGCCACACCUGAGGAGUUGGCUUCUGGGGCCCGACGCAAGAUCUUCAUCCCAAAAACCAAAGGAGAGGAUGGAGAAGGAGCAGCAGUCAGUGCAGGGAGCCUAGACACCCCAAGCAAGAAGGAGACCCCCUACAUGUCACCCAGCCAAGCUCGCAGAGCAGCGUUACUGCAGGCACCCACAGGACAACACACCCCACCGAUGGAGAGGCGCUCUCCACUGCUGAGCCGCCGAAAGGCCACCUUGGAGGUGCCAAGAGUUGUAGAGGAGACCCCCAAAGAGGACCCAUCAAACACCACGCAAGAAGAAAAACCAGCUGAGAAGGAGAAACUGGACCCAUUCAAAGCUCCUCAGGUUAUCCGCAAGAUCAGGGGAGAGCCCUUCCCAGAUGCCUCUGGACACCUGAAGCUGUGGUGCCAGUUCUUCAACGUACUCAGUGACUCCAUCAUUAAGUGGUACAGAGAUGAAGAGGAAAUAUUAGAGGUGAAGAGAAGUGGAGGAGAUGAAAGUCAAGUCGCUCUGGCUAUAGUUCAGGCAUCCAGUCAAGACUGUGGGGUAUACGGCUGCACAAUCAAGAAUGAAUAUGGGACUGACACCACUGACUUCCUGCUCAGUGUAGACAUUCUGUCUGAGAUUCUGCUAAAAGAUGAUUUUGAAGUUGGAGAGGAGAUAGAGAUGACCCCGCUGCUGUUCAACAAAGGCCUGGCUGACUCUGGCUGCUGGGGUGACAAGUUCUUUGGCCGCAUUAUGAACGAGCAGGUGCACCUCGGGGAGGGCUGCUCUCACAAAGCCUGCAGGGUGAAGGUCAUCUAUGGCCUGGAUCCUAUCUUUGAAUCUGGAAGCACCUGCAUCAUCAAAGUUCAAAACCCCAUCGCCUACGGGACCAAAGAGGAGAGCAACCUUGCUGAGAGAAACAUGGACAUUACUAAGCAGGAGUGUAAAAUCCAAAACAUGAUUCGGGAAUACUGCAAAAUCUUUGCUGCUGAAGCGAGGGUUAUUGAAAACUUUGGCUUUUCAUUGGAAGUAAUUCCUCAGUACCUGAUGUACCGUCCUGCAAAUUCUGUGCCAUAUGCCACAGUGGAGGCUGAUCUAGACGGUGUGUUCCUUAAAUAUUGUAUGAUGGACAAUAAAGGCAGGCUGAUUACUCGAACCAUUUCUGAGGUGGAGCAGAAAUGCAGCACCUUCCAGCACUGGAUUCAUCAGUGGACUCAUGGCAAUUUACUGGUCACGCACCUGGAGGGUGUUGAAACAAAGCUCACUAAUGUUAGAGUUGUGACCAAGUCAAAAGGAUACCAAGGACUUACAGAGUACAGCUCUCCUAAAGUAUUUGAACAGUUCCUGAGCCACCACCAGUGCAACUACUACUGUGGGCUUCUUGGCCUGCGCCCCCUUAAAACCAUGGAUAGUCUGCAGCAGCCAUCAAAGAUAAAGGGCUCCAGGAGCCCCCUGCUGAACCGUAAGCUGAGCAGCUCCUCCAGCCCACAGCUGCAGAGGAAAGGAACAAGCAGCCCUCAGAUGCCUAGGAAGCCAACCUCAAGUCCCAAGGCGCCAAGAAAAGUUCAAGAGACAGAAGACAAUAAAUCAGGUGCCAAAACCAAACCUGCAGAAACUCUUGAUGUUGUUCAAAUGAGGUAGGAAAAGAUGGGCUUAUCCAUCAAACCUAUUUUGUUUCAAGCAAAAUUUCAGCUUUAAAUGUUUUAACAUCACCAUUCAAGUUAUAAAUACCAGCGUGGACUAUGAACAACAUUACAGCGAGGACAAGGAAUGAAAGAGGAAUAGCUCAUUGACCUCCUUUAUUACUCGGGUUAUAUAAAAUUACUGUGAAUUUUUCAGUUCCUGUUCCUGGGGAAAGGCUUUCAACUCCAACAUCCAACUCAGCUAAAUGGUUUAUGAUGAUAAGUGGAGCAACAGUCCCACUAAGUAACCACCUUACAGGUCCCAGAGCCCAUAUUAGAAGAAAAUGUCAAUUUCAAGGUGAAAUCAGUGAUUUUGGAGAAAGAUUGUGGAUAUUUGAAAUCAAUAGCUAGUUUCACCAUCCCUCUUACUCACACUGCCUCCUCUCCCCUCCCCUUCCCCCAUCCUGGCACAAGCACCAACGCCCCCUGUUGCAGACUGGCUGGAAUAGUGUUGUGCCACUGUGUUUGUUUCCCAAUGACAGAGCCAAGGAUUACAGAGCCGGACUUUCUUUUUUUCAGCACACUCACAGAACGGAGAGCAAGCAAACCGUAAGGAGAUUUGCACUGAAUUUGUUGAUUUCAAAUAUCAACAAUCUCUCUCCAGAAUCGCUGUCUCCACCUUUAACUCUGAGAUUGCCCAUGUUUACGUAUGUAUGACCACACCCAUUCGGGCUACUUUGCCGCUUUUGCCAGUUUUGAACAGCUGCCUUAGAGACAUAUCACAUGCAUAAGUGGUUAAACAACUCUCUUAUGAGCUCAGAAUAAUUAUAACAGAAAAAAAUGGACACUUACCAAGACUGGAAACUUUGCUGUGCAGUGCUGCUCUGUUCUUUGCAAGAGGAGUAAACCUUUUCAAACUUUGAUGUGAACAAUGGUGCAGGAUGAAUGUAUUUCCAGCAUGAUGUCUCUGUAUUUAAAGCUGCAAAGAGUGCAUUAUCUGCUAUGUACAUCUGUGAUGUACAGAAAGUGUGUAGGGCAUAAUGUUUUUUGUUGUUGUUUUUUUUUUAGACAAUAUUUAUGCUUAGGGUCUUUCUCAUGCUUAUGCAGAAUGUCCGUAAUCUACACACCAAAGUUGUGCUCAUAGUGUGGAAUCACAGCACAAUUUUCAUGUCAAAGAUUUUUGUGUGCACAUUUUUGCCACUACUUUUUUGUAGUUAUUUAAGUACUUUAGCUUGUUUAUUAUAGGAGUUGCGUAUAUGCUUCAACAGUCAAUCAGUGCUCUUGUUUCAGUUUCUCAAGACAUACACAUUGCUUAAUGUGAACUGACAAAUCAAAGAGGAGCAUUGAGAAAGGGCUGCGAAAAAUAAACCCUUUAACUACUGAACGCUCAUGCUCACUGACAUGCAAACACAUGAGCGCGUUAACAGCCACUGGGAAGUUAAUGAAUGAGUUCCACAGUUAUCUAACUACUCUGAACCUGACCUGUGGACUAUAAACACACAUUGAGCAAAACAACCCAGCACACAGGUUCAGCAUUUUUCAGAAGCCUUUUUAACUCUAAGUUAUACUCCUCUCAUGAUUUUUUUAUUAUUAUUAUUAUUAUUAUUAUUGUUAUGUUGCACUUUAAGGACAAUUGUCAACAGUCCCUUGUUUGGGAAAUCAGCAAAGAAUAAACAAUUGAAAGCAUUGCUAGUGUGCACUGGGUCAGUGGCAAGUAAACUAUAUUGAAAUUAAAAAAAACAAAAAACAAAAACAAACAGGUCCCUUUGAUCAAAUAUGUGCUAGCAGGACAAUAGUGGUAGCUCACCUUAAGUUGAACAAGCAUUGUUAAAUUCCAGUGGGAGUCGCUUCCCUUUUGUAAAUCAGGAGGAACUUGCAUAAAAUCCUGUGGGUUUCCCUUAAUGGAUUCUUGGUUAAUGAUUAAUCAGAAAUUUCAAAAAAAGGCAAAAUACCCAUUUUUACACUUCUGCUGCCAUUGCAUACAAAUUCAGCUUUAUUUCAUAUUUACAUAUCACAUUUUAUACAAUGUAUUUAUGAAAUAUAACCAGAAAUCAUAACUGAGAAAUACAUGGGUUGUAAUGUAAUUAUACUGAACAGCAGUCAGUAAUUUAAAAAAAAAAAAAAAAAGCUGGGAAAUUAACACUGUAAUGUUGAGGUGUGAUGUCACACCAACAAACUCUGGUAUUGUGGGCAUGUGUACAUAACGUCAAUGAAGUAAAUAUGUGAGACUGAAAAAAAUUAGCAGGUGAAUGAGUGAGAGAGUGAAUGAAUAAGAGAAAUA